AUUAUAUCCCAUCUUCAUCAAUGGCUAUUUCUUGGCUUUUCAUCUUUACCCUCAUUUCCACUCUGCUCGCCACGGCUCAUCCCUCAUCUUCUGAUCAACAUCAUGACCGGAAGGCAAUAUAUUCAUCCACAUCAUUUAAUUAAAUUAAUUAUUUUCGUUCUUAUCAGUUGAAUCUUGUCUCUGGCUUUUGCAGACAUUAUAUAUAAAUUAUCGACUGGGUUAUAUUUAGCAUUUAACAUUAUAUACUACUGUUAAUAAAAAGAGCAGUUCUUUUAAAUUCCAAAUUCCCAACGACUCUCUGACCCUCUGUUCCUCUAUCUUUCUUCUAUAUGCCUCCUAUUCUCACCGUCCAAAACUAUUACUCACACGCCGAUUGCUGCUAUUUUUAGCUGGCCAAUUGUUUUAUUUCUUUUAGGGACGAUUCAAUUCUUCUCCAAAUUCUGUUUCUCUCUUUAUAAUUGGUUUGUUUGGUUUUAUGCUUUUUAGGUUCAUUGGUUUCUCUAUUUCUCUCUCUCCCCUCUUUUAUAUUUCCGUUGCUUAUAUUUGUUUGGUUUGGAGGAAAGCUGAAUGGAAACUAAGAAAUUGGAACCAUGUUCAGUUAUUGGACUUAAAAUUUUAAUAAGCACAUUAUGGUUUAUAUUGUGUACAUGGGUGACAAGCCAAAAGAAGAAGUUUCCACAUCUCCUCUUCAGCUAAAUAUGCUGGAAAAGGUCAUAAGCAGCAAUGAUAUUGUCCCAGCUGAAUCUCUCCUCCAUAGCUAUAAGAGGAGUUUCAAUGGUUUUGCUGCCAAGCUCACAAAGGAAGAAGCAGAUAAAAUAUCUGGAAUGAAGGGUGUAGUGUCAGUAUUCCAAAGUCGAAAAUUGAAGCUUCAUACAACAAAGUCAUGGGAUUUCAUUGGAUUCCCACAGCAGGUUAAGAGAACCAAAUUGGAAAGCGACGUCAUCAUAGGAGUGAUUGACACUGGAAUUUGGCCAGAAUCUGCUAGUUUUGAUGACAAAGGAUUGGGUCCACCACCUGCCAAAUGGAAGGGUACUUGCCAAGCGUCGUCCAACUUUACCUGUAACAACAAAAUUAUCGGAGCAAAGUACUACAAAGCCGAUAAACAAUUUUCAGAAACCGAUAUACAAUCACCAAGAGAUUCAGAUGGCCAUGGGACGCACACAGCAUCUACAGCAGCCGGAGGCAUAGUGAACAAAGCAAGUGAAUUGGGAUUUGGGUUUGGGACCGCAAGAGGAGGAGUUCCAUCAGCUCGUAUUGCUGUCUAUAAAGUAAGCUGGUCUGACGGCAUUCAUGAUGCUGACAUUCUUGCAGCGUACGAUGAUUUAAUUGCCGACGGCGUUGAUAUAGUCUCGGCUUCUAUUGGACCAUCGUUGCCUGAAGAUUAUUUCACGGAUGGAUUGGCAAUUGGAUCCUUUCAUGCUAUGAGAAAAGGAAUAUUGACCUCUACCGCUGCUGGUAAUGAAGGUCCAAACCCUGCCACUCUCUCAGGCUUCGCACCUUGGCUUCUUUCUGUUGCUGCUUCCACUAUUAAUCGAAAGUUUUUGACCAAGGUUCGGUUGGGUAACAACAAGAUUUUUGGGGGUAUUCAUAUAAACCCAUUUGACCUCAAGAAUAAAACAUUUCCCUUAAUAUAUGGUUUAGACGCACCAAACAGCGAAGACAAGGUUAGGGGGGCUUAUUCCAGAUUUUGCCGCAGAGACUCGUUGGACAAAAACUUGGUGAAGGGUAAAAUUGUUUACUGCGAUAGCAAUGUAAUUGGACAAGGACCGUUCCUGGCUGGUGCCGCUGGUUUUAUAGGUAGAGGCAGAGUUUUUGGAGAUCCAAGUUUCAUUCUGCCUUUGCCUGGAACUUACCUUAAUUAUAACGAAGCUAGUGAAGUUUACAAGUAUCUUGCAACCAGCAGCAAGCCUAUUGCAACGAUAUACAGAAGUGAGGAGGUUACUGAUACACAGUCCCCUUAUAUAUCCUCCUUUUCAUCGAGAGGUCCAAAUCCAAUCACUCCCAAUCUUCUCAAACCAGAUAUAGCGGCCCCAGGAUAUCUAAUUCUAGCAGCGUGGUCUCCAAUGGCUCCAAUUACAGAAUUAGGUGUUAAAGGAUUGGGGUAUAAUAUAGAGUCAGGAACAUCAAUGGCUUGCCCACAUGCUACCGCUGCAGCUGCAUAUGUCAAGUCAUUCCAUCCUACAUGGUCCCCUGCUGCUAUCAGAUCCUCCCUCAUCACUACUGCUAAGCCCAUGAGUUCCAAGAUCAACCCUGAAGCCGAAUUUGCAUAUGGUGCUGGCCUGAUAAACCCUGUCAAGGCUCCUUAUCCUGGUUUGGUUUAUGAUGCUGAUGAGCUUGACUAUGUAAAGUUUUUGUGUGGAGAAGGAUACAGUAAUGACGAAAUUUUGCAGUCUAUAACAGGGAAUGAAAAACUCAAGUGUUCCAAAGGUAGUAGUAGAUCAGCCACUGACCUAAAUUAUCCUUCCUUUGCUCUUUCAACCUUACCUUCACAACCAAUCACUCAUGUAUUUCAUAGGACAGUUACAAAUGUUGGGUCAGCAAAUUCCAAAUAUAAAGCUAAAGUGGUUGCCCCAAAAGGAAUAAAUGUAAUCGUUAGCCCUAGCGUUUUAUCUUUCACAUCUAUUGGGCAAAAGCUAUCGUUUUCCGUCGAGCUGAAAGGGAAAAUAGAUGGAAUAAUUGCCUCGGCUUCUUUGGUGUGGGAUGAUGGCACUUUCCAAGUGAGAAGCCCCAUCGUUGUCUACGUUGCUCCAUGAAAUGGUUUCGAUAUAUGAUGCAUAUAUGUAUGAGAGAAUAGGUUGCAACAUAAUAGGUUGUCUAUGUUGCACCAUGAGCUGAAGGGUAAUUAGGUACAAUUUGCUCUCGUUCUAGAGUAAAUUGAGCUAUGCUCUUGUUUAUAAUAAUAAAAUUAUAUGCUAUCGCAGCAUUAUAAUGAUAGUUUGUUUCUUUUUC